GGAGGGAGGGAGGGAGGAACCGAGGUUUGCAUUCAAAAAUUUUGUGGCGAUCGAGAGUCUUAGGUGGAUAAGCCUCGGUUUGAAGUUGCAGCUGGCACAGGAAGAGGAGGGCGGCCAUGGAGGAGCUGGAGUUGCCGCUCCCCACGGAGAAGCUCGCCGUGGAUCCGGCCAGGGAUGGAGGAAAGCGAGGUGUGGCAGUGCUAGUGGCCACCGGGAGCUUCAAUCCUCCCACCUACAUGCACCUGCGCAUGUUUGAACUGGCAAAGGAUGAGUUGCAGCAGCGAGGGUAUUCUGUCUUGGGUGGUUACAUGUCGCCAGUGAAUGAUGCUUACAAGAAAAAGGACCUCUUAUCAGCAAUCCACCGAAUUCGCUUAUGUGAACUGGCAUGCGAAAGCUCAUCUUUUGUGAUGGUUGAUCGAUGGGAGGCAAUGCAGAAAGGUUAUCAACGCACCUUGACUGUUCUCUUGAGAAUUCGGAAUGCUUUGUGCAAGGAUGGUUUAGCAAAUGGAGCUAAUCUCAAGGUAAUGCUUUUAUGUGGUUCUGAUUUUCUCGAAUCAUUCAGCACCCCAGGAGUUUGGAUUCCUGAUCAGGUCAGGACCAUAUGUAAGGACUUUGGUGUUGUUUGCAUACGGAGAGAAGGAAAAAAUGUUGAUAAACUAAUAUCCAGCAGCGAGACACUGCAAGAAUGCAGGGAUAAUAUCAUUUCGGUUGAUGAGAUUGUUCCAAAUCAAAUAAGCUCAUCUAGAGUAAGAGAUUGCGUAAGAAGAUGUCUAUCAAUAAAAUAUCUUAUUUGUGAUGAAGUUAUCCAGUACAUUGAAGAACACAAACUCUACAAGGAAGCUGACAGUAGUGAUACAAGAUGAUGAGUUGACAAUAGCAAUGGUCGAGUGCAGACAAUCUGAAUAUGGAUAUCUGCAGUCUAAAUACAUACGUUAUUUAUGAUUAUACACAGUUAAAUGCUACUGGAUGCCUAUUUUAUAAAUUAUAACUAACAGGCAAAGGUUUCUGUCAUUCUGUGGGCAUCUAUUUGAGAUAUACAACUGACUUGGAUAAACAUUGAGAAAUAAAAGAGGGCCUGCCAAUUGUAUGUUGACUGGAAGUUGUAUGCAUAAUAAAGAGUAAUAUACAUGUGGUACUUGUCAUCAGCUGACCUCCUGUUUGGCAUAAUACAAGAGUAAAGUAAAGGAUGGAUAUUUCCUACAAACCUUCCUGGUAUCAAAUGCCAGUUUGGCAGCCGGUCAACAAUGUUUCAGAAGCAUCAGCUACUCACAUCCAUGUUUUACUGAAUUUCUCUUGCCACUCGUUUAAUCUUCUGCCUGGUCUUAUUAUGCAAUUGAGCUAACAUGCUAAGAUGUCAUAUGCAUUGCAAUGAAAAAUUUUGGUAUUUUCACUUGGAACACACUUGUUGCAAUGAAAUUUAGGCAGACUGAAAAUCUGCACUUCCAAC